GGUUUAAUACACAGCUAGUUACUGCCGCCAGCUUUACUCGCAACGCUUCAUCUACGAGGAAAAUGGAUAACCUGUUCGAUGCCAUCAGACACGGAAGCUUCGAAAAAGUACAACAGAUCGUCUCUUCCGAACCUUCCCUUAUUGAUGUUGCUGAUGACACGGGACGGACAGCAAUAACAGUAGCUGUCGAAAGUCGAAAUGUUGGGGUAGUAAAGUUACUUGUGGAAAGGAACUGUCGCCUGUCCAGAUGGCUUGCAUUUAACUUCAUAUUCAGCAGUAAAGAACCACAACUUGAUGGCUCACCCCCAAGUUUAAAUAAAGAUAUGGACGAUGUCUCUAGGAGUUUGGAUGAGAAUGUCCUACUUAUAAAUCAUUCUUCGGUGGAUGGGGAUUGUGGUGAAGGGAAGACUACAGCGAGGAUUCAGGCAGAAAUUCAGUAUCCUCGUAAAGAAGAUAGUGAUAUAUGCUUGGGUAACAGGCAGACCGUUCCUCCUUAUAUUCAAAGUCAACAUUGUGAUAAAACAGAGCAAAGCUUAUUGAACACAAAUUUGUUUUAUCCUCCUUUGCUGGCAGCAGUAACAGUUAAUUCCCUUGAAAUGGUUAAAAUAAUUUUAGAAACUCAAAGAUGCUUUGUAGACGAAGCUCAUAAAAAUAUAACGCCACUUCUUCAAGCCUGUAUUAAAGGAUAUACAGACAUUGCAGCAGUACUUAUCAAAAGUGGGGCAGAUGUGAAUGGUCAGUCUGCAAUAAACAGCCUUGCGGAAGAGGCACAGUGGUAUUAUAAACCCUUGUACCAGGCUGUGCAACACAAUCAUAAUGACAUCAUAGAGAUUCUUGUCAACAGUGGUGCAUUGUACCUUCAGAUUGUCCCCCUUGAUACCAACAGCUUCCAUGCUGCUGAUCCAGCAUCAAUGUCCCAUAGGGGCCUAGCAACCUUGCUUGAACUUGCAGUUCGGCGGUGUCAACCACCAAUGGUGUCAUUUCUAAUAGAGAUUUUUCGAAGUAGUAUCACAGAUCUGAGUAGGUACUACUCCCUGAUGUGGAGCAUCAAGCUUCACCUAACUGACAUGACACAACUAUUGAUUGCCAAACUGUUUCCAGAGACGUACAAUAUUGAGACAGAUGAAUGCCGUGAACAGUAUCGUCAGACACUUAGAGUUGCUGUUCGGGAAUGUCCACAAAAUGAUGAGACUGUACCCUUGUUGUUGCUAAAACGAUUUGGUGCCAGUCUUUUCAUGAAAGAGGAAAACUUCUUCAUCAUUUUGCAUUCUGCAGUAAUACGCUGUUUACCUCAGCUGGUAACCAGACUUGUUGAAAUGAUGAAAGAACCACAGUGCCAGUUUGAUGUCUCAGCAUAUGAGAGUUGGCCAGAUAUUUGCAGUGCAGCAUUGUACUAUGGCAACAAGCAAAUCUUGACUGUAUUGUAUGAACAUGGCCUGUUAGACUUUAGUGCCUAUUGUAAUGGAGAAAAUGCUUUCUUUGAAGCCAUCUUUUGUGGAAGAAAUGGCUCUUCUGUGUAUGAUAUUCUGUCCUGGUUAGUGGAUCUUGGCCUUGACCCAACCUGCUCAGAUAACAACAAAAUGCAGCCAAUUCAUGCUGCUGUCACAUAUCGCCUCAACUCAGCUGUUGAUGCACUUUGUCGGCUGGGAGUUGAUGCUAAUGCCAGGAUGGGAACUGAUGACCUUCCAACACCUCUUCAUCUUCACCUUAAUCUUAGGGUCUUGCAACUGGGCUGUGAUCUCAAUCUAGACCUUAUCAAUAUUUUAAUUAGUCAUGGAGCAGACCUAGCUAUUGAGAACCGGAAAGGAUACACCCCUGUCUCUAUUCUUUUUUGGCUGCUUCAUGCUAACAUAAGGCAACAGGAAACAAACAGUCAUCCUGCUGGUCUAGAUGAUCAUGGCUCAGGUCGUAGUAGUAUUUCUGGGAAUACUUCUGCACAAGGUUUUGAAUCUGUACCAUCAGUGGACUUUAGCACUGUUGUCAAUCCUCCAGCAUUUUCUAUAGGAACUUCAGAAGAGGAAUCUCUUAGAACGCAAACAGAAGACCAAACUUCAGAGUAUAAUUUGUCAGCACUUCAAAAUAUCGUACAUCCUUUAAAUUCACAAGAGAAUGACACAACCCAAAAGAGAAAUGAUUCAUCGCCACAGGAUCAAAGACUGGGAUUACCAGCUCAAGACACCGUUAUCAUCCUUCCCUCCUUCCUGCGCCCUGGCAGCCCAUGGCGAUCGCUGGUUGAAAUUUUAGUUGAGAAAUUUGGUGUGCAGUUGUUCACAAUGGGAGCAGCACGUCUUACAGGCCCUGAACACUGGAAGAGGGUCUACUUUUGCCUUCUGCAGGCUGGCAUUGACAUAGGGCGUCUUCCUUCUCUUAGAGCCUUGUGCUGGCUGACUGUACGCAGUCAUAUUGGCAGUGUUAGAUUUAGUCAAAAACUUGAUCAGUUGCCUGUACCAUCGAUCAUCAAAACGUACCUCAUGUCUCUUUGACUGUCUAACUAGAGAACUAAUUACAUUUUAUCAUGGCAUUGCUGUUGUUGUUAUUGUUAUGAUUUACCAAAAAUCUCAGUAUAAAUGAGAAGUGAGAUAAGCAGUGACACCAAGAAAGACAGCCCAAAGGAGAGGGAAGAUAAGAGAGAGUGUUACUUGUAGAGGCUCAGUAAUUUGUAAAUUUGCAGCAUAGUUCCUACAGUGUGUAAGCAUGCAGUGAUGUAUACAUGCAGUAAUGGGAUGGAACAAUUUAAAAACAAAUUAGUUCUCUGUUAGAAAUGGCUUUGCAAAACUGAUAUAAAAUCUGAAGUUUUCUGACGGGCUUUGUAUUUACAUAUUUAACCACUUGUUAUACACUAAUUCAGGUCAGUAAAGGGUUAUAAAAAGAAUUGUUGAGUGGGUUGGUUGGAAAACAUUGCAUGCAGAUAAUGUGUUUCCCACACCCAACAAAAAAAUUGCAUGUAGAGAAAAGCUGUAGUAAAGAAAGCAAAGUAAAUAACCUUUUUCACAAGAUUUAACAUUGAAUCUGACAUAAUGGAGAGAAAUGUAGUUCUCCUCAACAGAUGAUGCAAGGAUUUUAAUGUUUAGCGAUUUCCAUCUGCAACAUAUAUUUAGUAAUUAUAGUGCUUAAUUUGCAUGUGUAUGUGUGUGAAUGAUCUCUUAUUUAAAUCCAUCCAUAGGAAUGUCACUUAAGCAGUCCAUCAUGUUGUUAUCUAAACAUUUGAUUAAAAAAACAGUAGUAUCUUGGACAUAUUUCAGACGAAACUUCACUGGUGUAAUGGAUUGCUUAUUUCUUUAUGCUAAAGUUGUUUGCAUUAAUUUGUUUCUCCUGAUUAUUAUAUUUUGGUUUAUUUUAUUAAUAUUCCAUAUUUAUACUGAGAUAGACAUGAAUGAUGUUUACCCAGAAGAGACUGGUUUUUUGACAAGCAUUGCAAAAAUAUAUUACAUUUUAGAGUAUACUUUACAUGAAAGAUUUAUAUCUUUUAUUUAAUAAUAAUUGCAUUAUCCAGCUACAUUAGGUAGCCAUGCUGUGAUUUUGUGAUUUAUGACAAGUAAAAUAGGUUCUGCUGCA